UCAUUUUAUAGAAUUAAAUCCAAUGGAAAUAGGUUUUACAAAAUGGGUACUAAAAUGGAUCCCGAGUUACAAAAAAAGUUGACAACAGAAUCAGAGAAAUUUCAGGCUCUGCAAAAGGAUCACCAGAAGUUUGUGAAAGCUAGACAAGUGCUAGAUGGACAGCUUAGUGAAAAUACACUUGUUAAAGAGGAGUUGGUAAAAUUGGAGCCAUCUUCAAAUGUGUACAAAAUGAUUGGUCCAGUACUUGUGAAACAGGAUAUUGCUGAAGCGAAGGAAGUUGUGCAGAAAAGAAUUGACUAUAUAAGUGGAGAAAUAAAACGCCAUGAGGAUAUGAUCAAAGAUUUGGACAAGAAACAAGAAUCACAGAAGGAAGUUUUACAGAAGUUACAGUCUCAGUUUCAACAAUAUCAACAAAAAGCAGCCUUGAAAACAUAGCACUGACUUACAUUUGAAUAUUUAGUGACUUGCUUUUCAAACUGAUAUGCAUUUCUUAUUGCAUACUUAAACUAAUGACUUUUGAAAUUCUCUGAUCUGUCUACGUGUGUGCAUGAUAUUGGAGCAGGAAGGUUUUUCAUUUUGAAAUACUUACUCAACAGACAGUUCCAGGAAAUGUGUGUUCUAAAAUAAUUUUAAUAUAUCAAGGAGUUGAGACCAUCUUGUAAUUUAACUGUAUUGAAUAGAGAGGUUUUCUUUGUACUAUGGGAACAUUUUUAAGUAUAAACUUUAAUAAGCAAGCUGGAGGGGGCAGCAGCUUGAGAUCCUAUAUGGUUGUACUUACAAAAUGUAUUCAUUUAAACGUUUACCCUGCUAAAUUUCUAAAAUGGACUGGUCCAUCGUUCAAUUUGGGUAGUACCACUUAUUAUUCAAAGGGGUGUUCAUGUUCACUGAAAGUUUACUGACUGAAUAGCGAACAGUGCAGACCACAAUCAGCUGAUCUUGAUCUGCACUGGUCCCAAAGGCAAAAUCGCUUGCCAUCAGCAGGCUAAAGGUUAAGUUAGUUGUCUGGCCAAAACAAUGACAUUUCACAGGGCGCUAGGUAAUUUUUUGAGUCAAUGAGUGUCUUACUACAAAAUGGUAAGUUUGCUGUUUAAUCCUAAAUUAUCUCAUUUUCAUGAAAAGGGGAGAAAGGUUUAUGACAUACAUACCUUUAAGCAAAAUUGCUGCUUUUCUACUUAUUAUGCAACAUAUUUGUGACAAAGUUGAAUAACGCAGUGUUGCUGUCUCCUAACAUCUUAUUUCUAAAAUUAAUUGAAAAGCAAGUGGAACCUUUAAUGUACAUAUUUCUGAAGAAGGAAGUGUUAAUGCUACAUAAAUUUUGUUCUUAAGCAAAAUUCAGCAAAUGAUGAAAGAAUCUGACAGGUUGUUCUCUUUAUCUACAAAAUGAAGCUCCUUUUUUCACGGUCAUAUUAUUGUUAAAGUAUGAAUAUUAUUUCUUUGGAAGUGAGGAGUGCAUUACCCAAAAGCUUAAUGGAUAUGGAGCACUAGUGUAAAAGCUGGGCACCUCCAGGUUUACCUGAAAUAUUUUGAAAUGUAGAAAAUGAUUUCAUUAGUAAGUAAUUGCAAUAUGAAGAGAUUCUAUAUGUUUCAGAAAAUUUUGAUCUAUAAGAACAAUCUUCCUAUCAAUCUGAUAUUUAAUAUAAUUAUAUAGAAAAGUCACACUUUUUGAAAUUUGUUAUACAAAAGAAGGAACAUAGCUGUACUUUUAUUUAAAAACAAUACUAGUUUUCAAUUUUUGAUAUCUAAUAAUCAGUUGCUAUCAGAUUUGAACAGAAAAUGAAAUGGGGAUAUGUCCCUUACCUUGUCACCAGAAUAGAUUCAGAUCAAUUGAACCAUGAUACUUCAUGUCAAUAAAUGUUUUAGCUGCUACAA